GUUCGUGAAAGAAUGUUCUUGUUUUUCGUUGGAAAAACCAACGCCGACGUCAAGAUCAGUCUCCUUUCCUUUCUCUUUUCGGGAGCAGAGCUGAAAAAGAUGGGAAAUUCCAAUGAUUCUUCGUUCAUUAUCAUGUCGAUUCCUCACAAUCGCUCUUUGUGAUGCUGCGGAACCAUGGCAAUUAGGAUCUCAAGACGCAGCAACACCUAUGAUGCAAGGAAUCAUUGACUUACAUCACGAUAUCUUUUUCUUCCUCAUUCUUAUUUUGGUUUUCGUAUCACGGAUGUUGGUUCGCGCUUUAUGGCAUUUCAACGAGCAAACUAAUCCAAUCCCACAAAGGAUUGUUCAUGGAACUACUAUCGAAAUUAUUCGGACCAUAUUUCCAAGUGUCAUUCUUUUGUUCAUUGCUAUACCAUCGUUUGCUCUGUUAUACUCAAUGGACGGGGUAUUAGUAGAUCCAGCCAUUACUAUCAAAGCUAUUGGACAUCAAUGGUAUCGGAUCAAGUUUGGGGGGAGGCGGGCGUCGACCCAACCUUAUGAGUAUUCGGACUAUAACAGUUCCAAUGAACAGUCACUCACUUUUGACAGUUAUACGAUUUCAGAAGAUGAUCCAGAAUUGGGUCAAUCACGUUUAUUAGAAGUUGACAAUAGAGUGGUUGUACCAGCCAAAACUCAUCUACGUAUGAUUGUAACACCCGCUGAUGUACCUCAUAGUUGGGUUGUACCUUCCUCAGGUGUCAAAUGUGAUGUUGUACCUGGUCGUUCAAAUCUUACCUCCAUCUCGGUACAACGAGAAGGAGUUUACUAUGGUCAGUGCAGUGAGAUUCGUGGAACUAAUCAUGCCUUUACGCCUAUCGUCGUAGAAGCAGUGACUUUGAAAGAUUAUGCGGAUUGGGUAUCCAAUCAAUUAAUCCUCCAAACCAACUAAACCGGGGAAGUUGAAGCGGAAAUGCAAUUCUCGGGUGAGGGAAGGGGGAAGCACCAGGAAGGCUUCGCUCGCUCGCUCAAAAAGCUCUAACGCUCGUUUACGAGUGGAGUGCAUAAGCCCUUAUUGAAGUAGGGUGAGGCCUUACUACACGAGCUCGUAAGUCAAGCACGGAACGAGCCUUGUCUACGAAGCUUCGCUUCAUCAUCUUGCUUGCUUCUGGCGAAGCUUAACGCACUA